AUGGCUGCUAAAAUUCGUGAUCACUCCGCCAUGUGUGCACACCAGCACGUUCAAGUGUUUGUUUGUGUCUGCAUCGUUGAUGAUCUGGUCCCAUUCGGCGUCGAGCCGGUCCAGCAGCUCUGCCCUGGUUUCGCCCAGCUCCUUAAAUUUGGCUCCUAUACGGAAGUUGACUUUUACCUUGUCUCGAACAUGAUCCGAACCAGAACGCUUAAUGUUGCCGCUCGGCAGUUUCACAGCUCGGCGUCACGCGCAUCCAUAUUGGACUAUUUCAAGUUCUACAAGAAAAAGGAAACCGAGCCACAGGUUCCCGUCAAAGACACCAAGCAGGUCAUAAAGGAAAUAGAAACAAGAACACAGGCCCCUGUCGCAGCCAACACAGUGGUGAUGCUGGGCAAACACAACUCCGAAUACAGCGAUAAGAAGCUCCGCCAGCAGGCAAUGGAAGGGUUUGUUUUGAGCUCGUGGAUCCCAGCCAAGUCUGAGUUUUCUAAGAAAAACGUUCAGCCAGAACUCUACAAAGACCAGAUUACCGAGAUUCUGACCAGCGUGUUCCAAAGACAUGUUCCGGCCACCCCCGCAUCCGAACUCAAGCUCGAUAACCUUGCUCUGAGAUUCAAACUCCUCAAAGACGUGCAGAUCAAGUUCGGUCUCUCGAUACCAGACUUCAAGCUGUCGCAACUCGAUUCCUUCUCCACGAUCAGAGACUACCUGUACCAACGGCUGGAUCCUGAAGGUUUCGUGAUCGACGAAAAAGUCCCAGACGCUGUCCACUUCCGUCCUGGCGAGUUCGACGGUACAAACAUCACUGUUGGAAAAUACGUCUUUGAGUCCCAGAAAAAGAAAGAGGUCAAGAAACUGUACAGAAAGGCAAGACAUGCCGAGAGAAAGUCGAUCAACGAGGCCCUGGCCAGCGAAAAGAAGCAAUUUUCCGAUUAA